GAAUUUAUGAAGAAGAUAUUUUCAUCUAACAUCUGACACCGUUUUUGUUCAAUUAUACAGUGAAAGUUGAAUGAAUUAACAAGAUAAAUUGUAAUAAGAUUAGUAUUAGAAUUUUCUUUAUCAAAGAGAGAUGUCAUUAACUUUUCAACAAAUUAUAUUGGAUGCGAAAAAGUUAGUAAUUAGACUAUCGGAUCAUGAAAACACAGCUGAUAAUAUGAUAAGCGAAAUAGAAUCAGUUUGCAGUCAAAUUGCUAAUAUGAAGCAGUAUCAAGAAGAAAUUGAAAUUUUAAAUACCGAAGCGAAACAGAGGCCGCAUAUACAAUUGAUAACAGGGAUACAAAGAGAAAUUAAACACUCGCAAGAGAUGCAAGCUGAAAACAAGGAAUUGAAGAAAGCUUUAGAGGAUCAUCAACAUGCUCUUGAAUUAAUCAUGUCUAAAUACAGACAACAAAUGGCAUCUUUGUUACGUCUUUGUAAAACAGAUCUUUCUUCUCUGCAUAAUGCAAAGUAUGCGAGUAUGAUUACUAACCAAGCGGUGAAGAUCAAUGAAAUGGCAGCAGUAAUGAAAACCGUAGUCAAUUUAGAUGAAGAGAAUGAAUUGAAAGAGAAAGAGACUUUAAGCAGUUUACAAAAAGAAAAUGCCACGUUACGAGAAAUAGUUAAUAUCGCGAAUAAAUAUGGAUCUCUGAACCAGGAAACCGAGGUAGAAAGUAAAUCUGUACAAACGGAUCCAUUAGCACAAUAAAAUGAACGUUGUAUUUAUAUUUCUCGUAUGUAAGUCUUCUAUUAUUUAUUUAAAUCUUUUUCUAUACUCAGCAUUGGAACGAGAUGUAUUAAUUGUAUACAAUAAAGAGCACAUGUAAAAUGUA